AAUAUAAGUAGCAAAUUCUACAAGGUUCUCUUUCACUCUCUCUCUCUCUUGCUUCUUCUUCUUCUCUCUAGCCUACGGUUAGGGUUCGUUGAUCGGUUCACAAAUCUCCUUCAAGGAUGAUCGUUUUGAAGAGCUCCGACGGAGAGACCUUUGAGGUCGAUGAGGCGGUGGCUUUAGAGUCGCAGACAAUUAAGCAUAUGAUCGAAGACGACUGCGCUAACACCAGCAUCCCUCUACCUAACGUUACUAGCAAGAUCUUAGCCAAGGUCAUCGAGUACUGCAAGCGCCAUGUCGAGGUUCCUAAGGCUGAAGAUAAGACCGCCGAAGAGGAUCUCAAGUCUUUCGAUGCUGAAUUCGUCAAAGUUGAUCAGAGCACCCUUUUCGAUCUCAUACUGGCUGCCAACUAUUUGAACAUAAAGAGCCUGCUUGAUCUGACAUGUCAGACUGUGGCAGACAUGAUCAAAGGGAAGACUCCUGAGGAGAUCCGUAAGACAUUCAACAUUAAGAAUGACUUCACUCCUGAGGAAGAGGAAGAAGUCAGGAGGGAGAAUGCCUGGGCAUUUGAGUGAAUUUGAGUCUGUUAAGCGUCCUCAUCUGAUGAUAUAUUUGCAAUAUACUUUAGUAGAUGCUAUGAAUAACUUUUAUUGUUAAGUGUGUGACGGUUGUUUCUCGGACCUUCUGACUGUUAGUUGAACCUCUUUUGCUCCGUUA